CCACACACACACUACACUAAACUAAUACUAAUGCGCCUAAAACAUCAAAGUUUAAAAAAUCUCGUCACAAAAUUUUCCACAAAAAAAAAUUCCAAAAAAAUCCGAAUCCUUUGGACUUCAAAUAUCAUCAUAGCAAAAAUACUACUAACAUUAAGGGACUUCAAAAAUCAUCCAUAUCAACAUCAGAAAUAUCAUUAACAUAAAAAAAUAAACACUAAACUAAUUAGUACCCCUCUCCAAAUCGCUCCUUACCCCAAACCCAAUCCUUUUGAAGCCUUUUUUCUCUCUGACUAAAUUAAUGCACCUAAAACAUCAAUGUUUAAAAAUCUCAUAUCCAUUCCUUCCAAAAAAAAUCCAAAAAAAAUUAAAAAAAACCAAAAGCAUAACCCUUACAAACCCUCAAACACAAUUAACCUUAAAAAUAUACAUAUUCUUUCCAGCUUUUCUUUUAUUUACCUUUUUUUUAUUAAUUUUCCUUUUUCACUUUUUUUCCAAGUCUCAUUUACAACAUUGCGCCAGACGACCGGCGGCACACACACAAAUUUUUUUUGUUUAAUUUUCAAGCCUUUUCUAGACUUUUUUCUAGAGACUUUUAUGCUUACAUUUAAGCUAGUGUUGGCUUUUAUCUUUCCUUUCUCUCUAUUUUUAUUUAUUUAUAUUUUUUUAAAUUCGGUUUUAGGCUUAAAAUAUAUUUCUGCACUCCUCCAAAAAACACUCUCCCUUUCCCUUCCCUUUACUUAUUCAAUGCAUUAUUUUUUUAAAUUGCCAAUUUUAGUAAAUUAAAUUUUUUUCUUCUCUCAAUAUAUAAAUUUAAAUUGCGGCUUUGCCUUUUAAAAAUUUAAUUAAAAAAUGUAACAAAAAAUAUAACAAUGUAGUAAUUGAUAGAAAAAUCUCCCACUCAAUUUUUUGAAUUUAUAGAGGAGUUGCGCGCGACUACAAAAAUUCUUUUUUGAAGAAAUAGUGUUGAAAUGCAAAGAGAAUACAUUAAUAGCUAAUCUUGCUGGUAGGGUUGUCAGUUCUGGACAAAACCAAAUCGGAGAACCAAUGGUUUUUCGGUUCGGUUCUUCGGUUUG